ACAGCUACCAUUUUCUCCCAUUAACUGGGCCCAUUUGUAGCACCCGUUGUUUUUAUUUUGAGGCAAAGAAAAGCGCCAUGGAAGAAGGUGAAUUAUAUUGUAAAGAGAAGAAGGUGAGGGAGGAAGGAUCAGAAGUUGCUGGUGAAGUGGCGAUAUUAGAUUAUUCUGAUGAUGAACGCGAAUUGUUCGAUGAAAUGCGUGUUCGAGGUCGGCAUUUUUAUUUUGCCAAGGUUUUGCCAAUUGAGAACCCAAAGAUGGAUGCCAUGAUUAAGAAGGCUGAAGAGACGAUUGAGAAGAUCAAUCGAGAUCAAGUUGUGAUGACCCAAAAGAUAAGGGAAAGGAUGAUGGAUCGUGACGCACUGCGCUCGAAAUUGAACCGGAUGAAUUGUGGUAAUUAUGAACUCGCCCUAAAAUGGAAGAGAAAUAGUUUGGACUUCCUGUAUCCCUCUCUAGACAAACUGACUUUUGCAAACAAUGCAUAUAGAGGGAAAUCGGUUAACUCGUGCUUGUCGGUAGGGGAAGUUGAUAAGCAAAAACUGUGUUUCUUGAUGGUACAUGGCUGUAAAAACAUGGGUGACGAGAGAAAGCUGUUAAGGGAAGUCGAUGCAAUGCAAGGGAAGGAUGGUGGCAUGACAUUGGAUGAACUCCGUGCUCCUAUUCAACACUUGCAACAACGAUUGUCCAUCAACUAUGUGGCGCAUGCAGAAAUCGAUGAAAAUGCUCAUAGUGAACUCAUUCUCAAUGCCGAAAAGCAACAUGAAAUUAUUAGGGAGACGGCAUUGGCUAAUGCUGUAGUGAAUGGAAAAUUGUGGAACUCCCUUGGCUCGAAAAAGUCCAUUCAACAACAAGUUCAGGAACUCAACAAUAGAUCAUGUGAACUAAGAGAAAGACAGAGAGAAGUAAAUGCCAAAGUUAAGAAAGUAAAUAAAGAAGUUAAGAUGAUAGAAAAAGAUAUAGGUUCUCUACAAAAGGUCUUCACAUAUGCAAAUCGCAAAAAGGACGAGGCAUACAACACCAUUCUUAGACUGAAGAGGCAGUAUGGGGAGGAGAAUGCUUCCUACUACCAAUACCGUUCCCUCAUGCGGAAGGUCCAAGUACUUGGUAAGAAGAAAGAUACCGCAGCCAUUCAAGAAUUAUCUCAAACACAGGUUGAUAAGUUCAUGCAACAGUGGAACAAUAACCUAGAUUUCAGAAACGAUUACAAAAAGAGAGUUGUCCCGCGUCUAAACAACCGUCAUCUUGGCGUGGAUGGGAGUAUGAUCACCAACCAGAAGGCAGAGGUUAAGGACUCAAAAAAAGCUCCUAAACCAGAGGCGCUUUCUAAAGCUAGAUUGAAAUGGUUGAUGAAAGAUCCUGAAGAUCCCUCCGAACUUUUUUUUUUGGUGAAACUAAGGCGAUAAACCCCUUUGCACAUGUGCUUCAAGUUUCAACUUUGAUCCAUCUAUUCCUUAAACUUCUCCUUUUGUUGAACAAAAUUUCUCCCACAUCAUGUUCAAAAGUGUUUUACAAAGCUAGUUUUUCUGUGAAGUCAUUUCCCCACUUGGAACUUUUGUUUGGAAGCCUAUGAAUUCAAGAAAAAUAAAGAAAAAACAAACCAAACCUUGCUAUGUUGAUGUUCCUUUGUGACAUGAAUGUGCCACCUAAUGGCAUGACUAUAAGCUACUGUAGCAGAAUGAAGAUUGUCCCUCCCUAUUAACUAGGGAAUCAUUCAUAUGUUCUCUUAUAUAAAUCUCAUAGAAAAUCACAAGCACAGCUCUAAAAAGAAAGAUACGAAAGAUACACCUUAUUCACAUUUAAGUUACAUUCAAGUUACAAAUAAAAAUAAAUAAAUGAGGCAUCAUUGCAAGUAAGAGAGAGAGAGAGAGAGAGAGGGUUGGAAAGGUGACCAUCACAAAUUGGUUCUACCAAAUCACAAUGCUUAAUUAGUAAGCAAAAAUCCAACUUCCCAUUUAACAAAAAGAUAUUAUUAUAAACUCAAUAUGCAUUUUUCCUUCUCAUUUUCUGACCAGCCAAACAUAUUGAACUAAAAAAAAUAUU